UGCAGGUGCACAGACACGCGCAGAUCUCACCGUGAACGCUCCAAAAUGGGCAACUGUAUCGUGCCUUACUGCGAUGGGCCCAAAAGCACAAACGUCCGAUUCACUCUGCCGGCUGUGUGCUUUGUGUGGCAGAGCGCCAUGAUUAUCCUCUUCGGGGUUUUCGUGCGCUAUGAUGAAGAAUCAGACCCUUACUGGGUCGAAUUUAAAGCUAAAAAGAAUAUAACAUCUGACAGUGAGAAUGACUUCUACUACAGAUACCCAAGUUUUCAGGAUGUCCAUGUUAUGAUUUUUGUUGGCUUUGGAUUCCUCAUGACAUUUUUGAAGCGCUAUGGAUUUGGUGCUGUUGGUUUCAACUUCAUCAUUGCAGCAUUUGGGCUUCAGUGGGCACUGUUAAUGCAAGGGUGGUUUCACUUUCUGGACCCAGUUGAUGGCUAUAUCAAAAUUGGCAUUGAAAACCUAAUCAAUGCAGACUUUUGUGUGGCUGGCUGUUUGAUUGCCUAUGGAGCAGUGCUAGGAAAAGUCAGUCCUGUGCAGGUCAUGGUGUUAACUCUGUUUGGUAUUACUCUGUUUGCUGUAGAAGAAUUUAUCAUAAUUAGUCUCCUCCACGCCAAAGAUGCUGGAGGGUCUAUGGUGAUCCAUGCCUUUGGAGGCUAUUAUGGACUAGCCAUCUCAUGGGUCCUUUAUCGGCCAAACUUGAAAGAUAGCAGUCAGCGUAACGGCUCAGUCUACCACUCUGAUUUGUUUGCCAUGAUUGGAACUCUGUUUCUGUGGAUGUACUGGCCCAGUUUUAAUUCUGCCAUUUCUGACCAUGGAGAUGGUCAGCAUAGAGCAGCCAUUAACACCUACCUGUCUCUGGCUGCCACUGUCCUUACCACCUUUGCCAUCUCCAGCCUGUUUCAGAAGCAUGGAAAACUGGACAUGGUACACAUCCAGAAUUCCACCCUGGCUGGUGGUGUUGCUGUAGGAACAGCUGCUGAGUUCAUGCUAAUGCCUUAUGGCUCUCUGAUUGUAGGAUUCUUCUGUGGUGUUAUCUCCACUCUGGGCUACAUUUACAUCUCACCCUAUUUAGAGAAGAGGUUUAAGAUCCAGGACACAUGUGGUAUCCAUAACCUUCAUGCAAUGCCUGGUGUCAUAGGGGGAAUUGUGGGAGCCAUCACAGCUGCUGCUGCAACUGAACCUGUAUAUGGCAAAGAGGGGUUGAUAAACACAUUUGAUUUUACGGAUUCAUUCAAAAACAGAACUCCAGCUGUCCAAGGUGGCUUCCAAGCAGCUGCAAUGUGUGUUGCUGUGUGCUUUGGAAUAGGAGGUGGAAUAUUUGUGGGUCUGAUUUUGAGGAUGCCUAUUUGGGGGUCCAUGGCAGAUGAUAACUGCUUCGAGGACGAGGUUUACUGGGAGGUGCCUGAGGAGGACGAGCCCGUCCCGCCCGUUCUAGAGUAUAACAAUCACAUGGCAACCAACAAGAAUGUGACGGAAUCACACUUCACUGUGGAACAAAGCUAAUCCUGGAUGUCCAACAUGCUGUCAGCUUUGACCCUGCGAAUCCUGUGACCACAAAUUCUUUCUCCAAAUAGCAUAACAGCUGGAUAUUUAUUAUAUAAUUUCUUAUAAUGACCAUUUAUUAUAUUGUAAAUCCCUCUGUAAAUGGACCAUCUUCAUAUUCUUUUUACAGCAAAACACACACAGAUAUAAAAUAUAAUAAAAUGCAGCAGUGUUGGAAAGGUAGUUUUAAAAUGUGAUUUUAUACACAAAGGUGUGUCACAGCCAAAAGGAAGAGUUGCCUUUUAUCCAGUAUUCCAUUCUAACUUUCCUUCUUAUUAAGCAGGUUUAGAUUCAAAUUGCAAAAACUUACAUACUCUCUCUUUUCCGUCUUGUUAUUCAUGGUAUUGAAUCUGACUAUGUCCUUUUCAUGCUUAGAAGGUAGUGAGACAUUUCUUGUUCAUGUAUAGUAAACAAUAGCCAAGGAUAUGUUGAUAGAUAAUACAUUUAUAUAUUUUGAGGUACAAAACCAGAAAAGCUACCUAGUGUACUUUGUUUGACCUAGCUGAACUGUCAUUCAAAUUUUUAAGUCAUAAUUUAGAAGAAAUUGAGUACAUGAAUGGUAUAUGAUUGUUUUAUCUAGCUUUAGGCAAGUUUAUUUACCUCCCAAGUAAGAGCAAGAUGUAACACUGGAACAUAAGUUAUUUGAAUGUUAAAAAAUAUAACGCAAAUAAAUACCAGAAAUUUCAUUCAUACUUUAUAAAUUUAUAUUUGUACCUUUCCUAUGGUUUAAUGUAAUUUAAGUUAAAUCAAUAAUCAUUUGAAUUUUAAGGUAAUGCAUAAUAAUGAGUAUAUCAUUUAUGUCCUAAUCAUUAAACUGAUUUCUGCUUAAUAAUACAAAUUUUAAAAUCCAUUUAUCUAAAAAUGUAUUGCCUUUGUAUGAAUUUCUGCCCUCGUUUUAGGUUUUAUAAUUAAAAUUUCUUAUUGAAUGUUUGUGAUAAUGUGCAUUUGUAUGUGCCCUUAUGUUCAACAUUGAGAGAAGGUCUUUUAUGUGAACAAAAUGCAUCAAUAUCAUUGUAUUUUUUUUUUAUAUUAGGUGUAAUCUUAAAGCAAUUUAAUAUACACAGUCAGAAAGUACAUAUAAAGAGAAAAGGAAAGACAUGUUUAUAUUUAAAACAGUAAUAUGUGAGUUUCUAAAAUUGUAAAAUCCUAAAAGGAUAAAGAAAGCGUAAUUAAUGAUUUAACCAUAAACAAAAAAUGUGUUGUUAUUUGUAUUGUAUUUGUAUUGAAAUUGGUAUUUCAUAGAAUUUUAUUAAAAUCACUUUUAUUAAUAUCAGUGAUUUUUUGGGAAGAAAAGUUCAUGACCUUUGUAUGUGGAGGUCAACGGGAGGAUGUCAGAGAUGACCAUGCCACAUGCCUCUUUGAUCAUGCGUCUUAAUGCACCAGACCAAAGGUCAUUAAGGUCAAGGGUUAAAUUAAAUAAUACAAAGGACAAAA